CAGACUUGAUGUUAAUAUGAUUACUAAAUUCAUUAGCGAAGUGACAAGAUCUUAUUUUGAAACAAAAGAAAAAAAUCAUAAACUUGCACGAUAUAAGUGUAAUGAAGGAAAUUGGAGCAGAGUUCAGCUUUUACCAGACUUGAAUGGUUUGGAAACUAGUUUUAUAAGAGAAUUGGUUUGCCUUAUCGAUGUGGUUUUCUUUUUUUAUGGUAAACCCGGAACUAGAAAAACUACAUUGAUAAAUGCCAUAUCAUCUUAUUUGUCACGAGAUCUCUAUUAUCUUAAUCUCAAAGAAAUUAAAAAUAAUAAUGAUAUGAGCGCUGCAUUUAGUUCUGUUCCACCGAAUCAAAUAAUUGUUCUUGAAGAUGUUAAUACACAAUCAAAUAUUCUUUAUAAAAGAGGUGUUAGUCACCCAAAUUAUUAUAACUUUAUGUCUGAAGAUUUUAUAAAAGAAAAUGAUAAUCUAUCAAAAUAUAAAGAUUUAUUUUCAUUUAUUAGUUUAUCUAAUUUUCUUGGAUGUUUGGAUGGGCAAAUAUUAUCAGAAGGCACAAUAAUUAUCAUGACAACUAAUCAUAUUGAACAUAUUGACACCGCAUAA